AUGGCGACCGCAGACCUUCAAACACCCCACCAACCCUUCCGGGUCCUGGUCUUCAGCAAGUCGACCGGGUACCGCCACGACUGCAUCCCCACGGCCGUAUCAGCCGUACGCGCUCUCGGCGUCCGUACGGGUUCAUUCGACGUCGACGCCACGGAGGACGCCGAGGCAGCCAUCACCGCUGAUUCUCUGUCCCGGUACAAGACGAUUGUGUUUCUGCACAACACAGGCAUCGACUUCCUCAACAAGGACCAGAUGUCGGCACUGAAGGCCUACAUACGAGGCGGAGGAGGCUUCGUGGGGGUGCACGCCGCCUCGUCGGGCAUGAAGAGCGACGAGUGGUACGGCAAGCUAGUUGGCGCCUACUUUGAUUUCCACCCGGCGCCCGAGGAGGGGACGGUGGUCGUCGAGGACGCGAAACACUACAUCACGGCCGCUGGGGAGACGGAUGCGUGCGCUUGUACGGAGAGGACAUGGAUGGACGAGUGGUACAACUUCACCUCGCACCCCAGACGCAACGGCAACCUCCACAUCCUGGCCCGGGGCGACCCGUCUACUUUUGCGGGCGGAGUAAUGGGCGACGACCACCCGCUAGCGUGGUGCCAGGAGUUUGAGGGCGGGAGAUCCUUCUACACGGCACUAGGCCACUUUGACGAGGCGUACGCGGAUGAAUGGUUCAUGGGUCAGAUUCUCAGGGCUAUUUACUGGACUGCCCGUGUGAAUAAGGGAAGCUUUUCAGGUCAUGAUUCAGUAGUAGGGAGCGAAAGCAAGUAA